AGCGUAAAGACAAGAGGAAUGCUGAGCCGAAAGGUGCUUUAAAACGUCGCAGAGGAGUGGAUAUUUUGCAUAGUUUUUCUUCAUUCAUUUUAUAUUUUUCCUUCAUUCUUACACCUGGAGUUUAAAGCUUUGGUUGGGCCAUAUUUAUGGAUUGCUGAGAGGACAGACGACAGGUGACUCACAAUGGCCAUGGCUUUGGAUGCAGUGUGGGUGAGGGUGAAGAAUGUUUGCAAGCAGAACGGGCUCCUCAUCAUGUCAGUGAUGGCUGUGGUCAUUGGAUGUCUUUUGGGUUUCUUCCUGAGGACACGGCGUCUCACGGAGCAGGAGGUGAAGUACUUUCAGUUUCCUGGUGAGCUACUAAUGAGGAUGCUGAAGAUGCUGAUUCUCCCACUCGUCGUGUCCAGUUUGAUGUCAGGACUGGCAGCUCUCGAUGCAAAAUGUUCCAGUCGCCUCGGUCUGAUCACAGUAUCGUAUUACCUGUGGACCACCUUUGUGGCUGUGAUCGUGGGGAUCAUCAUGGUCUCCAUCAUCCACCCAGGAGGUGCAGCCCAAAAAGAGGACUCUGAGGACAGCAGCAAACCCAUCAUGAGUUCUGCAGAUGCACUCCUGGACCUGAUCCGUACAUGGGGAUCUGCCAGGCCUGGGAGCCGUCGUCAGUCCCCUUCCAGGCCUUUCCCAAGCCGCAGCUCAGUUCAUGUCCAAGCAUUCACCUUUACCUACUAA